GCCCCUUAGCUCCCGGAAGUGGCCGGGAGCGGCGUUGCCAUGGCGGCAUCUCUAGGGCAGGUGCUAGCUCUGGUGCUGGUGGCUGCCCUGUGGGGUGGCACACAGCCGCUGCUGAAGCGGGCCUCCUCCCGCCUGCAGCAAGUUCAUGAGCGGACCUGGGCCCGGCAGUUGCUGCAGGAGAUGAAGACCCUCUUCUUGAACACUGAGUACUUGAUGCCCUUUUUCCUCAACCAGUGUGGCUCCCUUCUCUACUACCUCACCUUGGCAUCAACAGGUGUGCUGUUUCAAAGGGACACAUGCACCCCCAUGUUUAUACCAGCACUAUCGACAAUAGCCAAAGUAUGGAAAGAGCCCAAAUGUCCAUGGAUGGAUGAAUGGAUAAAGAAGAUGUGGUCUAUAUAUAUACGAUGGAGUAUUACUCGGCAAUCAAAAAGAAUGAAAUCUUGCCAUUUGCAACUACGUGGAUGGAACUGGAGGGUAUUAUGCUAAGUGAAAUCAGUUAGAGAAAGACAAAUAUCGUAUGACUUCACUCAUAUGAGGACUUUAGGAGACAAAACAGAUGAACAUAAGGGAAGGGAAACAAAAAUAAUAUAAAAACAGGGAGGGGGAGAAAAUAGAAGAGACUCAUAAAUAUGGAGAACAAACAGAAGGUUACUGGAGGGGCUGUGGGAGGGGGGAUGGGCUAAAUGGUAAGGGGCACUAAGGGGUCUACUCCUGAAAUCAUUGUUGCACUAUAUGCUAACUAAUUUGGGUGUAAAUUUUAACAGAUAAAAAAUAAAGUUAAAAAAGAAUAAGAUUUAAAAUAAAAAUUAAAAAACAAAAAGUUAUGUUUAUACUAUUCUGUAGCCUAUCACGUGUGCAAUAGCAUCAUGUCUGCUACAACAACGCACAUAUUUUAAUUAAAAAAUACUUGGGGCGCCUGGGUGGCUCAGUCGGUUGAGAGACUGACUUUGGCUCGGAUCGUGGGUUUGAGCCCCGUGUCAGGCUCUGUGCUGCUUGGAGCCUGAAGCCUGCUUCAGAUUCUGUGUCUCUCCCUCUCUCUCUCCCCCUCCCCCACUUGUGUGCAUGUGCUCUCUCUCUCUUACAAAAAAAAAAAAAAAAAAAAAUUUUUUUUUUAAAUCUUAAAAAAAUACUUUAUUGCUGGGGCACCUGGGUGGCUCAGUUGGUUAAGUUCAGUUGGUCCGACUUUGGCUCAGGUCAUGGUCUCACAGUUCGUGAGUUUCAGCCCUACACAGGACUUCAUGCUGACAGCGGUGAGCCUGCUUGGGAUUCUCUCUCUUUCCCUCUCUUUCUGCCCCUCCCUCCCACUCUCUCUCAAAAUAAAUAAAUUUAAAUAAAUAAAUAAACAUUAAAAAUACUUUAUUGCUUGAAAUAGUAACCAUCAUCUGAGCUUUCAGCAAGUCAUAAUCCCUGAUCACAGAUCAGCAUGACAUGUAUAAUAAUAAGGAACAGUUUGAAAUACUGCAAGAAUUACCAAAAUGUGACACAGACAUACAAAGUGAGUAAAUGCCGUUGGAAAAAUGACAACGAUAGACUUGCUCGAUGCAGGGUUUCCACAAACCUUCAAUUUGUUAAAUACACAGUAUCUGCAAAGUGCCAACAAGAGAAGUGCAAUGAAAUGACGCCGGAUUUCUAUUGGAUUGUGAUCAUGAUGCUAUGAAGCAGACAUGAUAUCCGUGUAGGAGAUGAAGUUACAAAACUUGGGGCAAUUUAUUUCCCUUCUCUGAAGUCAAGCAUGUUAGUGCAGAAGGAUUUGAAGCUAUGUAUUACUCCAAGUUUAUGUUCUUGAACUUAACUAUGAGAAGUCCCCCUGCUGUGGUUUCGUCUCCCAUGGAAUCUCACCCAGGCCCCAGAGAGCUCUGGAGAACCCCUCAGAGGCCACAGAAGGGUGAGGAGACAGGCUGACCUCAAGACCUACCACUUCAGCUUCAACUAGAGGCUACAUUUAUCCCUUUUACAUGUGGGGCUUCUCAUAAGACAUCAUUUUUUAAAAUUUAUUUUCAGAGAGACAGAGACAGCAUGAGUAGGGGAGGGGCAAUGAGAGAGGAAGAGAGAGAGAGAAUCCCAAGCAGGCUCUGCACUGCCAGCACAGAGCCUGAUGUGGGGCUUGAACCCACGAACUGUGACAUCAUGACCUGAGCCGAAAUCAAAAGUCAGAUGCUUAACUGACUGAACCACCCAGGUGUCCUGAGACGUCAUUUUUAAACAAGGUUUAUUUAUUUUGAGAGAGAGAGAGAGAGUGAGUGGGGAGGGGCAGAGAGAGAGGGAGAGAGAGAAUCCCAAGCAGGCUCCGCACUGCCAGCACAGAGCCCGAUGCAAGGCUCAAUCUCACAAACUGUGAGACCAUGACCUGAGCCGAAAUCAAGAGUCAGAUGUCUAAACUGACUGAGCCACGCAGGCGCCCCAUAAAACAUCAUUUAACAGGAAGUUUGGGCACCUGGGUGGCUUAGUCGGUAGAGCAUGUGACUCUUGAUCUCGGGAUCGUGAGUUCAAGCUCCCUGUUGGGUGUGGAGAUUACUUAAAUAAAACUUAAACCCCAAAAGUUUGAAAAGCAAAUAAAUAAAAGCAAGUUUGAAAGCCUCUGGCACUCCCUGCUGCCCAAGAAUGCCAGCUGACUGCAGUUAGCCCCUUACCAAGUUUUGAGCAGAUGGCAACGUUAGGGUCCUGUUAUCUCCUCUCCUGCUCUACAUCCAUCUUUUAGCACCUGUCUAUUCUAGUAAUCAACAACAGUGGUCACUUUAUCAAAGAUGUAUAUCUUCAGCCAGGAGCUAGACACAUUAUCCCAUCUUAUCUUACCGCAGCGCUGUGUGGUACGGAGGCGGAGGCGUUGUCACCUUGCUAUCAUUGUUGUACUUGUAGACUUCAGAGGUCAAGGGCCUAACCAAGGCGGCACAGGGAGACCUAGGUCAGCCUCACUCCAGUGCCCUUGCUCUUCCACAGCCCCAUGCUGCUUCCCCUCCCCAUCUACUGUUGCACACCAGUCGAUAGCAGUCCUCGCAUUCCACGGAAGGUGUGUGAGCCCCAGGAAGCAGCUCUGAGUAGGUAGUUGGGUCAGUUUCUUGGGUGGGGAAUGCCAUCCAUGGUGGGGACUCUCGGGAUGAGAAACAGGACAGUUCCUCCUCUUC